AUGAGUUUAGUACUGAAGGGAAAGCUAUGCGUUCUUGGGGGAAAAAGGAUAAAUAGAGCACGGAUUUGCUGGGUUUUGCAGCUCGACGAAAACUCUGUCAAGCUUUGGAAAAGUUUACCAAAAGGGAAAAUGGGAAGAUAUGGAAGGAUGGGGCUAGAAAUUGCAGAGGUUUUAGAG